AUGCUAAUGUUUUCAUGCACCAAACCUCCUACACGACCGGCAGCGCCAAGUCCAGCACCUGCAAGAGCCCAAUCACCAGCAAAGCCGCCUGCGGCUGCUAAAAAACCACCUCCGGAACCUCCAAAGGUACAGGCUGCCCCACCGCCACCACCACCACCACCGAAACCAGCAGCAGCUCCAACAAGUCCUCCUCCUGCACCACCAAAGCCUGCAGCACCUAGUGCCCAGAUUCCAGUCGCUGCCAUGCGCCAUGCUCAAGCCAUUGACACUGCCACUAUCAAGAUGCCACCUCAAGAUUAUACCAAGGAAAUUACGGGUACCAGGACUGAACAGCGUGUUAAGAUGAACCGCAUGAGACAAAAAAUUGCGUCCCGGCUCAAAGAAGCACAAAAUACCAAUGCUAUGUUGACAACAUUUAAUGAAAUUGAUAUGAGCGCCAUCAUGCAAUUUAGGAAAGAUCAUCUGGAUGGAUUCAUGAAGAAAUAUGGAAUCAAAUUGGGCUUCAUGUCUGCUUUCUGUAAAGCAUCAGCCUAGCUGCUUUACAAGACAGCUGUUGUAAAUGCUGUCAUUGAGGGUGAAAUUAUCUACCGUGACUUUGUCGACAUAUCUGUAGCUGUUGCAACACCCAAAGGUCUUGUUGUUCCUGUGCUGAGAAAUGUUGAGAGCAUGAAUUUUGCUGACAUUGAAGUUGCUAUUAAUGAACUUGGAGAGAAAGCCAAAAAGGGUGCGAUAACUGUUGAAGACAUGGAUGGAGGCACUUUCAAUAGUAACGGCGGAGUUUUUGGUUCAUUAAUGGGUACUCCUAUUAUAAAUCCACCACAAAGUUCAAUUCUGGGUAUGCACGGUAUAUUUGAACGUCCCAUUGCUGUUAAGGGUCAAGUCGUAGUUAGACCAAUGAUGUACGUCGCCCUCACUUACGAUCAUAUGAUUGAUGGCCGUGAGGCUGUUAUGUUCUUGCGAAAGAUCAAGUCUGCAGUUGAAGAUCCCCGAAUAAUUUUAGCUGGCUUGUAA